AAUUACCCGAAAUUAUUAAAAAGAGAGACGAAAAAAAAUUAUUAGAAAUUUGGGGAGAUUACGGCUUUUCAAAAGAAAAGAAAAAACAAGAAUUAGCCCAAGAGUUCACAGGAUUAAAUAGUAUUCUUUAUCGGCGAUUAAUAGAAAAGGCAAACACCUUGCGAGAAACGUCAACGGGAGCUAAAAUCUAUUCCCAUGUUACCGCUACUGUUUUUAGUGCCAUCCCCUUUUUAACCGCAGUAGAAUCAAGCCGAGGAAUUACCAUAAUUGACGACUUACAAAAAGACCUUGAAAAACGCUUCACUCCUGGCGAAGUUAGAGAGAUAGUGGAGGAAUACGAAGCCGAAACACAAAAAAAACUCAUUGUGAUUAAGAACCAUUUAGAAAACGAGCGGUUAGUUGCGGACGAAAGAAUAACAAACUUAGAACAAAGCCUAAACGAGGCAAACGCACAAAACACGGCACUUACUGAAGAAAAAAGAGCAGAGGAAAAGAAGGAACUAGAAAACGAACGAGUCAUUAACGCCAAACUCCAAAAAGAAAAAACAGCCCUAGAAAGCAGCGAACAAGUAGCCAUCCGUAAUUUAGCCGAAAUCAAAGCCGAAUACGAAGCCUUACAAAAGCAAAACCAAAGUGACGCCGAACUCUUACACUCUUACCAACAAAAAAUCAUUGAACUGUUGGCAUUAGCCCAACAUAAGGACAAAGAAAUAGAAUUUAAGCAGCGAGGAAGCAAGUUGGAAAUAUUAAGACGAGAAAAAGCCGCCCUAGAAGUUAACCUCAAUGCCGAAAAGCGAGAACACCAAAGCACAAUCAGAACCAAAGAAGCCGACGUGGCCUUCGUCCAAAAAUGCUACGAACAAGAAAAAGCCGACAAAAUAGCCGCCCAAACUGAAAAAGAGCAAAUGCUGUUUCGCAACAUUGCCGCCAUAUUCCGCAAAAAGCAAGACACAGCCUCCGUCUUAAAAGAAUUAGUUUCAGGCAUGAAAGAAGCCAAAAACAGCCUAACCAAGAAAAAGCCACAAGAGCCCAAAGAAGCGGAAACGGACAAGGUUCAACCAGUAAACGAAAAAACUUCCCCUAUAUCUGAAAAAUUUUCCGAAUUUUGCAACUCUGGUAAUUGGGAAAUUAAUCAAGGAUUAAACCCACGACUGGAAGGAGAUAUUGGAACAACCAGCCAAAAAAAGAGAAAAAGAAAGCAAUUUUUUGUUCCACAAAAAAUUGCCAAAGAAAAAGAAAAAAGAAAAGCCAAAAAAUCCGCCGCGCGCGCUCGCGAGAAAGGCAGCCAAGAAAAACAAGAAAAAGACCGCAAUCAAUACUUUUCUAGCUACUACGAAAAACACAAGGCGGAAAAGAAGGAACAAAGACGGAAAAACUAUCUCCGCAAUAAAGCCGAGAGAGAACAAAAGGCAAGGGAAAUUUUCCGGCAGACUUACACGGCGGACAAUAUUCGGGUGCUAAUGAGUUUUAAGCAAUACAACGAGUUACGAGCCGAAAAGAAAAAGAGAUGGUUAGACUUGAAUGAUGUUAGUGAUGUCAGCCAAAUCCAGCAACUACAACUAUUAGCAGGUAAUCUCGUUAGAGAUUAUUACGAGACGGCAAAACGAGAAAGCGGGAUGAAAAAUGAGCAAAGGGAAAAGAAGAACCGAGAGGCCCGAGGGUUGGAGAAAGAUAUUGAGAUGGCGAAGUUUCACGAGGCACGAGGGAAGGUUAAGUGUGAAUUGAAAGAGUUGGAGAAAGGGCAAGAGAACGAGGAGAGAGAGGAAAUGGAAAGCGAAUGUGGGGAGUGCUACGAAAAUAAGAUGGUGAGUGUUGAUAGUGGACUUUGUCGGAAGUGCGAAAAAGAGGAGACGGGGGAGGAUUAG